GGGGACGCGUGGGUGUGGCUCGGGGGCGCUUGCCUCCCCCACCCAGCGUGCCCCGGGCCGCGAGCGUUUCCAGUCGGGUCACUUCUGGGGGACGAGAAAAGAACUGCCUGAACGGUCAGGACACUUUUUCCCGCUCCGGUUUUCCCGGGAGCGGACAGGGGCAGUGAGGUCGGAGCGGAUCCGAGGGUCCCUGCCUGGUCCCGCGGGGCGGCCAGCCUCCCGCCCUGAACCGAGGGGACAGGAAGCAGGUCGGGGGCUCAGGGACGCGCAGACAUCGGCGGCCUCCUCCCUCCAGGCUGGCGGUCCCCGAGCCCUGGCGCCUCCUUAAAGCCGUGGCUCCGCCCCGCCCGCCCGUCCGCAGUCCCUCCCAACCGCCGGGUCCUCGCCGCCUCGGCUGAGUGGGGUAGAGCCUCGAGCCUGCGAGGAACGCGCCGCCCGCCAGCUCCCUGUGCCCCGUCCGGAGUCCCCGCGUCCCCGUGUCCUGCAGUCCGCCGCCAUGGCCAGCGAGGAGCUGGCGCGCAAGCUGGAGCGCCGAUUGAGGCGCGAGGAGGCCGAGGACGGCAGCCCCCUGCCAGCUCCCCUCGGCGCCCCAGCCCCGGAGCCCCCUGCCCGCCCACCCACGGCCAGCGCCGACGCGGAGCUGAGCGCCCAGCUGAGCCGGCGGCUGGACAUCAACGAGGGCGCCGCGCGGCCCCGGCGCUGCAGGGUCUUCAACCCCUACACGGAGUUCCCGGAGUUCAGCCGCCGCCUCAUCAAGGACCUGGAGAGCAUGUUCAAACUGUAUGACGCUGGGCAGGAUGGCUUCAUCGACCUGAUGGAGCUGAAGCUGAUGAUGGAAAAGCUGGGGGCCCCCCAGACCCACCUGGGCCUGAAGAGCAUGAUCAAGGAGGUGGAUGAGGACAUCGAUGGCAAGCUCAGCUUCCGGGAGUUUCUGCUCAUUUUCCACAAGGCCGCGGCCGGGGAGCUGCAGGAGGACAGCGGGCUGAUGGCGCUGGCAAAGCUCUCUGAGAUUGAUGUGGCCCUGGAGGGCGUCAAAGGUGCCAAGAACUUCUUUGAAGCCAAGGUCCAAGCCUUGUCAUCAGGCAGUAAGUUUGAAGCAGAGUUGAAAGCUGAGCAAGAUGAGCGGAAGCGGGAGGAGGAGGAGAGGCGGCUCCGCCAGGCAGCCUUCCAGGAACUCAAGGCCAACUUCAGUACAUAGUCCGGCCAACCUUGCUCUCUGCCCACAGCUGUGCCUCACAGAUCCCCCAGGAAGAGAUGGCUGGGCGUCUUCAUCACUGCUGCCAGUCCCCUCCCUGAGCCAGCGUCUCCACCUCCACCCUGUGCCAGCUCCCAUGCCAGCCUUCAUUCCUCGCAUUGCCCAACCCCCUCCGGGGGAGUCCUGGCAUGGGCCGGAUACCUCCCCACCUCUGUCUCCUGCCUCUGCUCCUCCGCCCUACCUGUAGCCAGAACUUGCAUCUUCUCAGCAAACUUCACUUUGCCCUAUCCCUUUACCAUUCCCCGUCAAAGAAGAGUCUGCUAUGUUAAUUUGUACAGACAUGUCUGCCUUUUGGGGUCAUCUGAGGAAACGCCCAUUUUCUCAGUUAAUUCUCUGCACUCCUCUCUGCUUCCUGCCCAGCUUCCCUGUUCCCGUCUUUGGUAGGAUUCUGUCAGUUGUUUUCUUAUCUUCUGUACCUGGGUAAUUGUGGGUCUUCAUUGAGGAACAGCAUGCCACCACAGUGACACACAGUAGAGAAAGGACAGAGGUCUGUUCCUGCCUGCCACCCUUCUGGCCCCUUAGCAUUUCCCCAGUCCCUCCCUCCUCUUCCUGCUCCAUUUAUGUCUUUCCAGCUCAGCCUUUUCCCACUCUUCAGCACUGUACCACUUCACUGUAAGAAUGAAAGAAUAGUUAGGAUACCAGCGAGUAAAAGGGUUCCUAUUCACUCUGACUCUAUGCAAAUUAUAUUACAAUGGACACCUGAUAUUCCCAAGUGACAGAUCCAGGGCCUUUCAAAAAUCCCCAGAGUCAUCGCCAUACUCACCAUUAGCCAGUUUCUAACAAUGCUGUUCCACGGUAUUCCGCUGUAGAUGUUCUUAUCCCCACACUUGUGAGUUCUUGGGGGUUGCUCACAAAUACUAGGGGUUUUUAUUGUAUUUUUAACAAAUAUGUUCUAAUGUCAUAUUUAUUCUCUUUUGUAACUGCUGUCUUUACAAUAAAGGAAUCAUCUGCCUUUCUAUCUUA